ACUUGUAACCAUUGACCAAGGUCAACACACCUGUAGCAAAGAAACCUAAUCCACUCGGCUGCAACUUGUCAGUGUCAGACAUUCACUGCCCCCCAUAGGAGGAGCGUCUUCACCUCUUUUCAACACUCAUGGGCGGGAAUCCAAAAACCCUAAUUUCAAAACCCCUAUUUUCAUUUUAAAUCAAUAAACAAAACCCCAUUUCUUUUUCUUUCAAAAAGUCCCUCCUCUGCCAUCACAUGCUUCAUCUUAUUCCCACCAAUCCGCCAUUGAUGCUGCUUCCACAAGCUUCUUUUCAACUUCUGUUGCUGUUUUGAACCCUUCAUUCACACUCUAUUUCAACUUUAAUUUCAUCUUCUAGGUCUCCAGUUAAAGGGUUGUGUUGUGAUGGAGAAGAAGAGUUGGUUGUGGAAAAGGAAGUCGUCUGACCGGAGUCCCGGUGAGACCGAAAGUUCCACAUCGAUAUCGUCGCAUUCGGAGAGUAACUCUGAUGAAAAGGCUGAGCAGGAGAGUUCGAAGAAAUCGACGAAUCAUUCGCAGUCACCUGAAGUAACAUCGAAAGCAUCGACUACUAAUUCGGAGGUUAAUGACAGUUUCAAGAGUUUAACAGAAAAACUGUCAGCAGCUCUUGUUAAUGUUGGUGCUAAAGAAGAUUUAGUUAAGCAACAUGCUAAAGUUGCAGAAGAAGCUGUUGCAGGUUGGGAAAAGGCGGAAAAUGAAGUUACAAAACUGAAACAAGAACUCGAGGCAGCCUUGCAGCAGAAUGUGGCUCUUGAAGUUAGAGCUAAUCAUUUGGAUGGUGCUCUUAAGGAAUGCGUUAAACAGCUAAGGCUAGCGAAGGAAGAACACGAGCAAAAGCUUAACGAGAUUAUAGAAGAGAGAACGCACAAGUGGGACUCGAUCAAAAAGGAUCUCGAAAUCCAGAUUUGUAGUCUUAAAUCAAAGUUACAGGCUGAAACUUCUCCGGUGAUUGAUCCGAAAGUUCUUGUAAAGCUUGAGAAUUUAGAGAAAGAAAACUCGACGCUUAAGUUUGAGCUUAACGUGCAAUCAGAAGAGUUGGAAAUCCGGACGAUUGAGAGAGAUUUGAGCACGCAAGCAGCGGAAACUGCUAGUAAACAACAGUUGGAAAGUAUAAAGAAAGUGGCGAAACUUGAAGCCGAGUGCAGGAAGUUGCAAUCAUUGACUCGUAAAUCGCCUUCGGUUAAUGAUAACCAUAAAGCGGUUUCAAUUUCUUCGUUUUAUGUUGAUUCGCUUACGGACAGUCAAUCGGUAGACUCAUUUAAAAUGAAUAAUUUGGAGCAUAACGAAAACGAACAAGGGUGUUCAGAUUCAUGGGCGUUGGCAUUAAUGGCCGAGCUUGAUCAGUUCAAAAGCCGGAAAUCUGUGGCUAAAAACGUAACAUCAUGUUCCGACAUCAACAAUAUAAUGGAUGAUUUCUUGGAAAUGGAGCGAAUUGCUUCGUUAUCGGAAGGUCAGAACGAAACCCCUCGUUGUAAUUCUGAAACCGAAGAUAAUUUGUUGAAAAACGAGCUUGAAACGAUGAGUCAGCGGGUGAGUGAGCUGAAAGAACAGUUAGAGAAACUAGAAGCUGAGAAAUAUGAACUUGAGAAUGCGUUAAAUUCAAGUAAACAAUCUCUUGCUUUGUCAAAUGCUGAGCUUGCUGAUACCAAACGUCAAAUGGUUGACCUACAAAAGGAGAUGACUAUCGUCAACGAGUCAAAGGAGAUGCUCGAGUCUCAAAUUGUUAAUAUGGAAAAGAAUGCUCGAAUCAUGUCUACGGAAGUUGAGUCAAUAAAGGCAGAUGUUAGUAACGAAAGGCGGUUCUCAUCUGAAAUGAAAAGUAAAUGUGAACAAUUGGAAAAGGAACUGGUGGAGAAAACAGAGGAAGUCAAACUUCAGAUGGUUGCUAAAUCAAACGAUGAAUUAAAAGUUAAACAGAAUCUUGAGGUAGCAGCAGCUGAUAGACUAUCCGAGUGCCAAAAGACGAUAUCAUCACUUGCUAGACAGUUGGAAUCUUUAGCGACGCUUGAAGACUUCCUGAUCGACACUGCGAAUCUACCUGGUUUCUCUGGAAAUUCAUCUGUCGCAAAAACAGGUGGUGAGUUAUGGAAGUUGCAUUCAAACGAUACCUACAUGCCUAAAAAGACUAUAAUUCCUGCAAAACAAGUUGAAAACAAUGGUGAUAAAGACGAGUCACCAUCAUCAACUUCUUCGUCGGCUUCAUCUGUUGUCUCGUUAAAUCAUUUUGGUGGCCAUUCUAAAAGCAAGAAUGGUUUUGAAAAGCUGUUUUCAAGGAACAAGAAUGGAAUUCAAGGUGAAAUUCAUCAUGGGUAAGAACGAACAUAUAUAAUGUUUAAUAAUUGUGGAUUAAAAUGUGUUUUGUUGCAGUGAGUUUAGGAUGUUAUAUUGUUUUUGUAACAACUGAAGUCGUCAAAUAUUAGUGCAUCAUUGUUGUUCAACGUCAGGUUGAGAACUCUUUGCUUGCUUCUGCAAUCAUCAUCUCUUUUGAAGUGGACAUUUAAGUGACAGAAAUUACCCAACUGAAAUAACAUAGUCGGUUGUGUUC